AACCGAAGAAAAAAGGAGGAAGCGAGAGCUUCCGCGUUGUUUCGCGAUGCUUUCACUGCUUCCAGUCUCCGGCAAGGUGCUAAUGGUAGAAGUCUUAUCAGUACUGAAUUAAUUUACCCUAUAUACAACGAACGGGUUUUAAUCGCAGACAAGAGCCGAAUGGACGAGUCCACUGAUAAUCUUGUUAAAUUGGAAACCUUGCUGGAAGGAUUUUACAGUGAUGGCAACUACAUGCACGGCUAUGUGACAGACGAGACAAGUGUCCACCAAGCAGUAGAAAUCUUCCGACGCAUCACUGCCACAACGUUCAGUGUCAGGACGUCAACUCCUCUUAAUUUUGAACCCAGCAAAGUGGAAAAGGGGAAGUUUACAACUCGUUCAAUCAAGUUCACCAAGUCCAGCUGCCCAAACCUUAACGAAGACGGGGUGCCCUUCAUGCACGGUGGAAGGAAAAUUCUGGAAUGUCAGUUCGGGCCUAAAAGGGAACACGAAAAAAAGAUAGAGAAGGACGGCAGCGCCACGAUGCCCGGACUGCAGACCUUAGAAGAGAUGGAGCACGACUACACACCGGCCUGCGGACCCGCGGCCAAAAGGAAGCGGCUGAACACACGGGGCACGAGGAAGAAGGGGUGUCAGGCGAGGAUCUCCAUCGUGCAGGUGUGCCGGUUCCCCGAGUACGCCGUGAUCAGCAAGAAGUGCAUCAGCAUUCAGCAGAUCCAGCUGAAGGAAAGGCUGCUGCAGGACCUGCACGACGAGAGAGAAGUGAAGGUCGAGAACAGGUUCUACAUCGACCUGCCGCUCGACAACGCCCAUUCCAAACACCCUCCGAUGGCUCUGUCUGGCAUGGUGCAGACCGUACACCCGCAGAUCAUACAGUGGAUCGACCAGCUGGUCGGGGAAGGCGUGACAAAGGCCACGGAGAUGCAGGGUAAACUGAGCCACCUGGUGAACACCAGGAUGUCGGACACGGCCGCCCCCAAUUCGCAAGACCGGGGAUAUUACCCGAAACUGCAAGACAUUAAGAACCACAUCUACAGGGCAAAAGUAAGGCGGCGCAUGACAAAUCCGGGUAGCGAGGACAUUGCAGAGCUGGACCAAGACGACGAUAUCAAGGAACCUCAGUGUGAGCCAGACGAAUGUGACGAUAUCUACGCGGAGGUAUUAGUACUAAGACAGCAGAAACAUGCAGGCAGUUGCCUGCCAGCAGCGCAUGGCAUGGCAGCGUGGAAACUGCUCUCCGGCAAACUGUGGAAAAUGCGGUCCUGUCGCUUGCAGAGCGCGGGUCGUCCCGACGACGAGGGGGCCCUCGGGAGGCAGAGGGAGGAGCUGCUCCUGGAGCUGGAGGUUCUCCGGGACAUGGUGCACCAGUGCACCAGCCUGCCCGUGCUGCAGAGGCUGACGGAGGACGCGAGGGCCAUGCAGGAGAGAGCCCAGCACUUCCUGGACGUGCCACCGGGGGGCGCUGCUGCUGCCGCCCCCGCCUUCGGACUGACCUGAGCUAUCAGGCUGUGAACCGCAGGCCCGUCUGCAGCCUCGGGGGACGGGGUGCGCUGAACAAGCGGACGUUGGGAGAGGGAUGGACUGGUGUUAGGAGAGGGACGGACUGGCGUUGGGAGAGGGACGGACUGGCAGGCGGGCACAAGGUCGUUGGCCCCAGGGAGGAACUACGUCAGGGGUCCUCAAUCUUAUCCAAAAAGGGCCGG